GGCCAGUUGUGUGCCAAGAUCCAGCAACCAGAGUUGUUCUCCAUCAAAAGCGCGAGCGCAAGCAGCCGACUGCCUGCCUUCUUGUUUAAGGACGGUGAUCGGUGACCUGUCACUCACGUCGAGCGAUCCGAUCCGAUCCGAUCCCCAGCUCCAGCUCCAGCCAGCAGUCAGGGAACGCGCGCAUCAAUGGCCUUCUACUACGGUGUGAGCGGAGGACAGUCGUCGUCGUGGGCGGCGCCGCCGCCGGCGGGCAGCAGGCCGUGGACCAAGGCGGAGGACAAGGCCUUCGAGGGCGCGCUGGUGAUGUUCCCGGAGCACUUGCCGAACCGGUGGGCGCUGGUGGCGUCGCGGCUGCACGACCGCACGCCGCAGGAGGCAUGGGACCACUACCAGGCGCUGGUCACCGACGUCGACCUCAUCGAGCGCGGCAUGGUCGACGCCCCUGACUCCUGGGACGACGACGCGGCCGCCGGAGGGGGACGCGCCGGCCGCGGCCGCGGGGGCGGCAGCGGAGAGGAGCGCCGCCGCGGGGUGCCGUGGACUGAGGACGAGCACAGGCUGUUUCUGGAGGGGCUGGAGAAGUACGGGCGCGGCGACUGGCGGAACAUCUCGCGGUGGUCGGUGAAGACGCGGACGCCGACGCAGGUGGCGAGCCACGCGCAGAAGUACUUCAUCCGGCAGGCCAGCGCCGCCAGCCGCGGCGACACCAAGCGCAAGAGCAUCCACGACAUCACCGCCCCGUGAUGGGCCCUGCUGCCUCGUGGUCGUGGAGGACAAGCGGCGAGAUCCAGCCCCAGGCUGCGGCAGUGCUGCCUGCAUUUUACUCUGUUAGCUUUCUACCUUUGCGAGACGGAAAAAAAAAACAGCCGUCCCUGUGGUUGUAUGUAGAAAUGUAGGCAAAACUAAGCUGUGCCUUGACUGGAAUCUGGCGUCGCCGAAACUUUGUAUUAAGUGGUACUAGUAUGAUGAUGGAAUAAACUUUAAUUACCAGUGUGUCUGGAUUUUCAUAAUCCAGCGCUUGGUUAUCGUCCCGAUUUUGACAGUACAUUA